AUAUGAUCUUUAGAUUUGUAUAGAUUUUACAAUCCCUCUCUAAGAAGUCCAAAUUUUUUUAUUCAGUUUUUUACUUAAAUUCAGAUUGCAAGGAAUUUUCUAAAACCGCACCUGUAUACAUCUACGAAGUAUUCCGCAACAUUUCAAUGUGUUACAAGAUUCCUGUUUAUUUGAGACGCAAAAACAGAAUUUGUAAGAAGUUUUGACAAAAGUACAGUUCUAAUGCGUUGAUGAACUUUCUAGAAUAAAUGUUGAAAAUCAAUUUGAUUGGUUUGUUUGAAUUUGGUACAAAGAUCGAAGCUCGUAAUUGGCUCUGAAGAACGGAAGCCGGAAAUUGCGUAGUGACAGGAUCAAGGAAUUUUGGCAGGAGACGGAGAAGAAAGCAGGCAUUCUUACAAUGGUAGUGAAUCAGUAAACAUCGAUAGUGAGUUACCGGCUUUUUUGUGACGCAAAAAGAAUUUCCAAGUAAAUGGGAUCUAUCAAAGUUCUUCUGUGUUGUUGUUAAGUAGGUGUACCAUCAGUUUGAUGGUGUAGCAGUUCCUUUUUUGAUGGUAAAAGUGUAAUAUACGCUUUGUAAAAAUACUGCGUAUGUAUUUAUGAAAGCCGGCAUAGUACUAAUAUCGUAGUGAUGAAUUAAACCCAAGCCUCCCGUCUCCUGGAUUAGAAAACCUAUUUCCCGAGGUAAAUAAGCAAAUUUCUUUUGUUUUAUGGUAUUUUCAUGGUAUAAUGGUAUAUGGUGCAAUCAGUAAUUUUCCAUUGACAUUUUCCCCUUCGAGUGACGUAUGAACUACGUACGUGCUGUCAAGUGUCAUGUCAAGUUUCACAAUGGUGAAGUUUUGAAUUUUAAGGUAUAGUGACUUUUAAUAAUUAUAAAAUUCUCAAACUAAUAACGUUAAUUUCUUUCAACAUAAAAAAAAUAAAUCUUUUUGGAACUUAAAAUACAAAGAUGAAAAAGUAAAUUGUUGAACAGAACAAAGAAUAAUUUUGCUUCCAUCAUUAAAAUAUUAUUGUAAAGACAUAAUUGUAAGUUAAUGUUAAAAUCCUUUUUGAAACCUUUUGAAAUAGUUAAAAAUAAAAGAUUUACGGAAUGAUAUUUGACAGGUGACAUAGUUGUUGUUAUUUUCAAUAAUUAAGUACUACGAGGAGUAGUCAGUAAUUCUUUAAUGUAAACAUUGUUCCCUGAAUGAAUAUAAAUUUUUGUUUUAAUGCAAAUGCUAUAAUAUAUGUCAUAAUUAGGUCAGUCAGUCAGUUAUACAAGUCAUAAUUAAGUCAGAUAUCAAAUCCUCAAUGCAAUAAUAUUAUUGUUUAUCUUUUGGUGCACCAUAACCUAUGUUCAGAAAAGUAGAUGUAUUUUUUUUUACAGCUUUUUAGAGUCAAAUUUUAAGAUGUUGGAUGAUCAUAGAAAGUAAAACUCCUGGUAAGGCGCCCUAACAAAAUAUAGCCAGGAUUUAUAUUUAACACCCCAGGAUAUCUGUAAGUACCCUUGUUUAAAUUUUUGAUAGUAGUAAAUAUUCCCUAAUCCCUAACUUCUUCUUAACGAACUCACAACCUUAGCUCUCCAACCAAAACACGAGCCGCCGUAGCAAAGUAGUUUUUAGAAAUAUCCCCUAGUUUUCUCGACCCUUUUGUAUUUAAGCAGUAUCUAAAUUUUCCAAGCUUUUAUCUUCCCCCUUAUUUCUAAGUGCUACAAAAUGGCGCCCAACGUGGGGCCGAUUCAUUUUUCUGCCUCUUUCAGUGUCCAGUUGUGCGCUACAAAAUAGCACCCUCAGACGUGAGGCCAGUCUCUUUUCACCCCCCAGUCAUAUCGUUAAGUUGUUCCCAAGCAGUUUACAUUUUUUUAGUUAGUCCCAACUGUUUUUCAACUUAAUUUCCUCUCCUUGCCCCAGAUUUGAGACCGAUUCUACUAUCACAACCAGUAUCGCAACAUAGUUUAGCCCAAGAGCCCCUACAUUUUUUUAGAACGUUACGAAGUGGUAUAAAAUUUUCAAUAGGAUGUGUAAAUAUGUACUCAUAGUAGUGUAUUAACAUUGUUUUUAUGUAUGUACUUAUAGUAGAUGUUAAUACAGUACCCAUGGUGAAAGCAAUAUUUAAAUUUUUUUUAAAAAAGUAUUGAUUGUAUAGACAAGUAGUCUAUAUAAGUAGCGUUGAACAUUCCAAUAUUGAAACUAUUGAUAAAGUAUAACAUUUUAGUUGUAUUUGUGCAUUUAUUCAUAAUUGAUUAACAAUUUUUUACAGAAUAACUUGUUUUUGUGAUUUUUUUUGUUCGUCAUUUGAGUAUAUGUGUAUAGUCUGUGUAGUUUCCGUUUGAGUUUUUACUCCCAAUGUUGUCUAGUUGUCCCAUUAUUUUUUUCUCAACUAAUCUAGCUUUGUCAGUGUCAUAAAGAUACCAAAGGUUAGUUGGAGUCUGCCUGUGAAGUAGUUUGAGUGUAUCCGUGAAGUAAAGUAGUUAGUCAGUCCAAUUACUAUUUGUCUUUCCCUUCUUGUACCAGAAUAGAUCACAAGUGUAAUACUCGUGAUAAAGGAAGUGUGCUUAGUUGUCUAGGAACGCUCCCAAUAGUUAUCGGAACAAGAACCGUUGUUGGUGUUAUCCCGUGUAAGCUCAUUCGAGAAGCAAGUUUCAAUAUUAUUUGUGUUUGUCUAUCCCUGUUUUGUCUGAAAAUAUUUGAGUCUGUUGUUUCCUGUUUGUUUUGUGUACCCUUGUGUUAUUCCCUGUUAGUCCGUGUCAGUGGUGGAGUGUGAAUUUUUUGACCAAUAGUUUAUUGACCCCUCUUUUGUUUAUUGAGUGAUUGCAGACCAAGAGCAGAAGUUGCAACAAAGUCAGUGAGGUUAGGAUCUGGCUGCAUGAGAGUGCAAGUGAGGUUUGUGUUCGUUUGAUAAAUAGAAACGGUUUUUUGUCCGAAAGUCAUACUUUCUACUAUUCCCUUUGGUCUUUCCCCUGUGUGUUGUUUUCACCCCAGUUUUAAAAAUGAAGUCUACCCAAGUUAAUGAUCUGAAAACCGAUGAGUUAUCUUAUGAACUUUUCAUAAGAGGUUUUAAUGUCCAAAAUAGGACUGUUGAAGAAAAACGUAAGUUGUUGAGAGGUCAGUUAAGUAAAGAGACCAUCUCAUCUUCCAUUAAUUUGACUAAAAAUGUAGUCGAUCCUGAUCAAGAGUUACCUACAAUCCAGUCAAUAUUAGCAGAUUUGCAAAGUAUUGCGCGGGCAAUGAGUGCACAGUCAUCAAAGGCUGACUUUGCUCGUUUCAAAACAAGGUCCAGUCAUCUGGAUUUCAGAUUGGAAAAUUUCCCUGAUAAUGUAGAAGAAGCUAUAAAAGAAGUUAUUGACAACUAUAAGAUGGAUUUAUUGAUGUUGACUGGAGAUGUCUUAGAAAAGGAAGAGACAUCUGACAAUGUGUCCGUCCCAUCGACUAGUGGUACAACUUCAGUCCCCGUUGCCCCUAUUAGUUCAGUUUCAGCCCCUAUUAUACAAAUUUCAACUCCUGUUAGAGUUUCUGAUUUAAAUAUCAAAUUUAAUGGUGAGAGUAAAGCCCUUCCCACAUUUUUAGAAAAAGUAAGAGAUUCUGCUAGAUCCAGAAAUAUUUCUGAUGAUGUCCUGUUUAGAUCAGCUUUUGAGUUAUUCGACGGAAACGCUGCUAUUUGGUAUAGGAGUGUUGGAAAUACAGUUAACAGUUGGAAUGAGUUGGUAACCCUUCUCAAAACUGCUUUCCUACCCCCAGAUUAUAAUGAUAAUCUCCUUGAUGAAAUUAAAGGUCGAAAACAAAAAAAGUCUGAGUCAAUCACUAUUUAUUCCGCAAUCAUGGAGAAUCUCUUUAAACGUUUAGAAGAGUACCCGUCUGAAGCCCAACGAGUAAAGAUUUUAAGAAAAAAUAUUUUGGUGGAUUAUAUUCCACUCGUAGCCCUUCAAGAUUUUCCCACUGUCGAAAUGUUAGUCAUAACUGUUAAACGUUUGGAGCAAAAUGUUUUGCCCCUGCUUCAAACUACAAAAGGUCUUGCUGGUAUUUCAUUAGAGGAUUCAGAAAAACCCCAAGAGAAGCUUCAGGUACUUGAUAAACAAGACAAGCCUGAUAACCCCAAAGGAGACAAACGAGAAAAGCAAGAUCGUCCCUUUAAGAAAUCCAAGUCUACGCAGAGAAAUGAGAGACCCAAUCCUCCAGUAGAUACUGAUGAAAGACAUCAGUCUUCUUCUUCUUAUCCACCAGAAAGACAUCAGUCUUCUUCUUCUUAUCCACCCCACAGAAAUCAGUCUUCUUAUCCACCUCCGUUGAUGCAAUCCCCUCCCUAUCGACCGUAUGGAAAUCAGUCUUCUUCCUAUCAACCUCAUUCAAUGCAACCCCCUCCACAACCCUACCAAACACAUGACAACCCUAGAAAAAUUAUUUUUUGUUUUACUUGUGGUAAGCCCAACCACAUUUCUCGCAAUUGUACAAACAGAGAAAUGUCUUGUUCUCGUUGUGGUAAUAAAGGAGUGAGAACGUCCUCCUGUAUGUGUCAAAAAAACUAGGUAGUGUGCAGCCAGUCGGCAGUUGCACUCCAUAUAGAGUUAAGCCCGACAAAUUCCCCCAAAACAUACUUAACCCUCUUUUUGAAAAGAAAGGUUGUGACAGUCGUCCUCAUGUUAGUAUUUCUAUCUUUUCUAAAAACUUUGUCGCCCUCUUAGACAGUGGUUGCACCACAUCGGUAGUAGGUGCCGCUGGAGUUAAAUUUUUGGAUUCCCAAGGAAUUAAAUAUAAUUCUACCCCCUGUAAACACGUCUGCUUAGCAGAUGGUUCUCAAAAAUCAGUUGUUGGUACUAUUGAUCUUCCAAUUGAGGCUGAUGGUGUUUCCCAAGUAGUGAAAUUUCUUGUCGUACCCUCCGUUCCCCAUAGUUUUAUUUUGGGAAGUAACUUUAUGCAUAAAUUUUCAGUGUUCUUGAAUUUUAGAGAUGGAACAUGGCAUUCUUCCCAAAAGGAAGAGAAAACAGAAACUUUGUAUUCUGUAGACUCAUUUUCCCCCACUGAAAAAAAUUUAGUAGAUUCCACAGUCGCUUCUUUUGAGGAAAUUUCUAGUUCCAACUACAUUGGAAGAACCAGUAAAAUUGAAAUGGUUAUUGACACUGGUGAUGCAAAGCCAUUUAAGAAAAGACAAUAUCCUUUAUCCCCAUACAUGAAUAAAAUACUA